GCGGCCCUUUCGGAAAUUUCUUGGCUCCCUGGAAUCGCCGGGAAAUUUGUGCGGCUUGCAGCUUGAAAAUCGGGAAAAAGUGCCCCACCGUCUCGGCCACUGUGUCUGGUUCUGUCUUGUCCAUUCGUAACGGUGUUGUGGGUCGUGGAAAAUCCGCGCUGGUGCUGCUGAAAACAAAGGAACCAGCGGAUCUUUUUGCUACAUUCGCCAGUAAGUCCGCAAAAAGUGGUCAAGCAGAUUUCCUGUUAUAGCUUGCCGCGUCGUAAUUCCACCACCGUUCCCGGAAGGUUCCUUCAAGCGCCCAAGGAUUUGCGAACAUGUUUAAUCAUGAGAAGGAAUAAUGCAAAGCGAAGAGAACGGCGCUAGAGUCGGAGGAAACUCUGGAAACCCGCAGCAAGCCGCUUCCGGCGCCCAAGAGGUGGCAGAACAUGAAGCUGAAACUAUGCCCGUGAGGGAGGAAACGUGCGCAAACGAUUCCGAUUCGGUCCGCAAUUCGACAAAAAGUGAUCAUUUGGAGAGUGCAGAAACUGACGUAAAAAUCAAGUGCCCUCCGGGUAGCCACAACAACGCCGGCAACGACGACGGCAACGAUAGCGGCGAAUCGACCUCAACGAAGAAAACACAACAAAUUCGACUGGUGUCGUUGGAUAAGUUGCUACGAACCAAUCUGAUAGGGAUCUCGGAUGAGCAGCAAGAAGGGGAAGCCGUCGUCCGCUCACCCGAGAACAGCCGCAAAAGAAGGGGGAGCGAUCGCAAAGCGAAAAAGAUCAAUGUUAGCAUAAUUGAAAUCAGUAGCAGCGAUUCCAGUGACAGUGACGAUUGUUUCAUCACUUCGCCAUCAAACGAUUCUGGACGAAGCAAGCGAGUUUCUUCAAAAACGCCUCGCCGAAUCAGUAACGAACCGGCACAAAGCAGCACCAGCCGCAACAGUCAAACUGCCCCGGCGGCGCACCAAACUCGGGACCUUACCGUAGUUGUGGAAAAACUUCCCUCAGACCUGAGGUCAAUAGAAUCAUUGUACGGCGUAACGGUACACGGUCUUAACAACGAGAGAAUCGAAAUAUUCCUAUCAGACACAAACUAUUACGGCAAUUUGAAACGUCCCAAAGCUGCAGUAUCCAAUCAAAACCAGCCUACUAAGCCGGCGAAACCCACAAACGGCGAUAAAACUCGCGCUAAAAAGCGUAUUCUGAGUGAAUCCGAUUCGGAGAUACCGGCGCAAAAGAAGAACGACUUGGAUUCUAAAAAACCGGCGAAAAAUCGGAGUGACUCAGAUUCUGAUAAACCGCUGAAAAGUCGACAAAGAUCAAACAACAUUCCGAAAACAAAAAUGGCUAGAAAUGCGAAAAAACGUAGGGCAGUAAGCGACAGCGAAGAGGAAGAAUGGUGUGCGGAAGAUACAGGUGAUGAAAGUCCACCGUCGGCGUCAGCCAACGGAGGUAGUGAUACGGACAAUGAGAAAAGCAAAGUAAAUGAAAAUGGUGGCAACGAUAGUGCGCCAUCCGCUAGCACAACUGGCAGAAGCCGACGAGCGGCCACUAGAGCGUGCCGCACUAAUAUACGCACCGGGCUCACCUCGGAUGAGGAUGGCGAUGAAGGGAAGGAGGAUUUCCAAACGCGCAAAAAACGUACCCGAAUUAGGAAAAGCUCAUCCUCGUCCGAUGAGAAAAAGGCCGCCAAGCCAAAGUUAACUAAACGUAGGCGCAUAAAGAAAAACUCUUCGGACAGUGAGGCCGAUUCGCCCAACAAAGGACGGAAGAACAUUCGCAAGCUGAUGAAGAAAAAGGAUCUUGAUGAAACGACGAAAAAUGCGGAGCAGGAAGAACGGGAGCGCAAGCAGCGUGUCGCCGAGCGACAGAAGCUGUAUAACCAAGAGGCUUUCAAUGAGAAACCAGAAGAGAUUCGGCCAUUAGAGAUGGUAGUGUUGGAUGUCGAUGAAGAGAAGGGGGAACCGCGGCUUGAGGUGGAUAAGCAGCUAGUGAAACAGCUAAAACCGCACCAAGCAAACGGAGUUUGCUUUAUGUAUAAUGCUUGCUGUGAAUGCUUGGAGCGGUUGCGUGAUACACCUGGCUCUGGAUGCAUUCUAGCGCACUGUAUGGGUCUCGGCAAAUCGCUACAGGUUGUGACCCUCGCACACACACUGCUCUCCAAUUCAGAAGAAACGGGUAUCGAGCGAAUUCUGGUGGUUUGCCCAUUAUCUACCGUUCUCAAUUGGGUAAAUGAGUUCCGAAUCUGGAUGAAGCAUGUCAAAAAAGGAACGGAAGUGGAUGUAUACGAAAUAUCAAGGUACAAGGACAACGUAACACGGGCGAACAUGCUGAUGGAGUGGCACAACGAAGGUGGUGUGAUGAUCUUGGGUUACGAUAUGUUCCGUAACCUAGCCAACCCCACGGCACCUCGUAUACGAAAGAAAGUGCGUGAAUCACUUCAAACUUCUCUCAUUGAUCCUGGACCAGAUAUGAUCAUUUGUGAUGAAGGGCAUCUACUAAAGAACGAGAAAACGUCACUUUCUAAGGUUAUAAAUCGCGUCAAAACGAUGCGCCGCAUAGUGCUUACCGGUACUCCGAUUCAGAACAAUAUGAAAGAGUAUUACUGUAUGGUACAGUUUGUGAAACCGAAGCUGCUCGGGACUUACACGGAGUACAUGAAUCGUUUCGUGAACCCAAUCACCAACGGACAGUACACCGACUCGACACCAUACGAUAUUCAGCUGAUGCGGAAACGUGCGCACGUGCUGCACAAGCUGCUGGAUGGAUGUGUGCAACGGCGUGACUAUUCCGUACUGGCACCAUUUCUGCCUCCGAAACUCGAGUUUGUGGUGUCAGUUCAGCUGACACCAAUGCAAAUUACACUUUAUAAGUACUAUAUGGAACAUUUUGCUGGCAAAAGACAUGAAGAUAUGAUGCAGAAGCGUUCAUCGAUGCUGUUUUCGGAUUUCCAAAACCUGCAACGAAUAUGGACCCAUCCGAGGGUACUACGGUACAACAGUGAUCGGUACGAAAUCAAUCAACAAAAAAAGCAAAUGCUUGAUUCUGAGGCGGAAUCGCUGGGUUCCAUGAAAGACUUUCUCGACGACAGUGAUAGCGAACAGUCGACACCCUCGGAAUCAUCCUCUUCCGAGUCGGACGAUGAUGGAAAAAUCGUUUACAGUGAUAGUGACAGUAAUGCGGGCUCGGUCGAAUCAAGUAAGGGCAACGCGAAGCCAGCGUCCACUGAAGGGCCCUCCGGAACUAAGACCGGUGGACGAUCAACGCGCAAAAAUGCCGUUGUAGAAAUACAGGAUUCACCGGAAUUAUCAAAACCGGAAAACCCGACCGAAUGGUGGAUGCAGCUGUGUCCCGAAUCAGAGCUGGAUAAUCUCGAGCACUCGGGCAAAUUGGUGUUGUUGAUGGAAAUUCUCAAAGAAUGUGAAGCUAUCGGUGAUAAGUUAUUGGUUUUCUCGCAAUCUCUGUACUCGCUCGACGUGAUUGAACAUUUCCUAUCCUUGCUGGACGAUAAUGCACAAAAAGAGGAGGACGAACGGAAUGAGAUACUGAGCAAAUAUCCUGGCUCGUGGUCCCUCGGGCUGGAUUACUUCCGGCUCGAUGGUUCGACCUCGAUCGACAACAGGAACCAAGCGUGUAAAGUCUUUAACAACGAAAAAAACACCAGAGCUAGAUUGUUUUUGAUUUCAACGCGAGCUGGUGGUCUGGGCAUUAAUCUGGUGGCCGCCAACAGAGUCGUUAUCUUCGACGUAUCCUGGAACCCAUCGCACGACAUCCAGAGCAUCUUCCGUGUGUAUCGGUUUGGGCAAACGAAACCGUGCUACAUUUAUCGCUUCAUUGCAAUGGGCACCAUGGAGGAAAAGAUCUAUGAACGACAAGUGACUAAGCAAGCGAUAUCGAAACGUGUGAUCGAUGAGCAGCAGAUCGAUCGGCACUACAAGGAAAAUGAUCUACAGGAACUAUACCGCUACGAUGUGGAACCGAGUGAACCGCGUCCCACUCCCAACCUUCCGAAGGACCGAUUGUUUGCGGAGUUGUUGCAGCGAUUCGAGAAGCUGAUCUACAAGUACCACGAACACGAUUCGCUGCUGGAGAACAAAGAGGAGGAAACACUUAACGAGGAAGAGCGAUUGGCAGCAUGGGAGGAGUUCGAGCAGGAGAAGAACCGUCCCCCGGUGCCGGCCUAUGGGAUGGGUGUUGCAAAUAUGGGUAUGGGCAUGGGCAUGGGCAUGGGUGUUGGAAUGGGGGGCCGAGUAGCCGGUCCGGUGACAUCGAGUUCCACGUUUGGAUUCCGGAACGAUGUUUUGCUCAAGUUGCUCAACAUGAAGGCCCGCCAAGACAACCCCACACUGAGCGACAACAUCGUCAACAGCAUGAUACCGUACAUGAUGCAGGAACUCUCCCGUCAAAUGAAGGAAGGGGAACUAACGUUCUACCAAAGUUUGUGGGAUCUUUACUAUAAGCUGGAAGUUCCAUCGGGAAACAUGCAUCAGCAGGGAGUACAGUUCGCGGUGCCGCCCAAUGCUGGUAUGGUAGGGCAAGUGCUUCCUACACCGUCGAUGAUGAACGCCACCGGUAACAUGCAGAUGCAAGGACCGGGACAAAGCGGAAUGGCUCAGCCGGGCAUGAUGAUUCCCAACGCCACCGGCAUGCAACCGAUCACAGUUUCUCGUCCGAUCAAUAUCGAUCCUGAAAUUGUAGAGUUGGACUAAAGCGCUCUGUAUCAUUUCUCCCUAUUGCUGUACGAUACCAAGCGUUUCCAUCGUACUGCGGUGUUAUUUGAUUCAGUUAAAAGAUUAAAAAACUUACGGUCACUUUGUGUGCUUAUAUACGUAACACUCUGCUAUGGGAAGUUUAAAAUAAGAACAGUAGAAAUAAUGAAUUAUCUAGCAUCUAUCGCGUCAACGGAUAAUGUGGUGCUGUAUGUCAAUAAAUCUUUCAUUUCCAACUUUUUA